AUGCCAAGGAAGGAAUGGACAAUCCCCAAGCAGAAGAAGUUUUUGCAGGAUGAGUUAGUGCAGUACUUGAGUAUGAGCACCAAGGAAUACUCAUGCUACUGGCUGACUGUCUUCAAACAAUGGUCUCAACUCUGGCCUGAGAGGGCUGUUGCAUUCCUGGACCUCCCACUGGACAUAUCAUUGACUCUUGAGCAGGACAAGAUCCUUGGAGAUGCUGUCACCAAGUGCCAACAGUGGUUGUGCUGGCACAUGGGAGCUGGGAAAAAUUGGGCUGCAAACAGGAAGACAUUGACCAUUAUUGACAGCUUGAUGAAAGCUAAAACUCACAUAAAAAAGCUGCUGGAAAUUUAUUCAAAAAUGUACUAUACCUCACAGGUCAAGCCUGACAUCUCAACUGAUAGUAACAUUUCCAGCCUUCAUGAUCAGAUUGGCAAAAAGUUUAGGGUGGAACCUCAAGAGAUCCAAGAUGAAGUUAUGCACAUCCAUAACAAGCAACAUACCAGUAGGAAGAUGCCACCCACUGAGAGUGACAAUGAAAUCAGUGCUGAUGUUGAUGCUGAAACAUGUAGAAGUAAUAUACAGCAGUGCAUGCCAGCACUCAUACAGAUUCUCACUCAUUUGUCACAAAAGACUGGCUGGUCCUUUUCAGUUCUGAUGGGUGGGCCAGAUCCAGCAGAUGCUGAAGAGCAGUGUGUGGUUGCAAGCCUUCACAUCGGGAAGAAUAGAUGUGGACUUAAUUUUGCAGAGUCUUACCAUCACUUUGACUCCACUGUGGUGCAAGCAUAUGCAGAAUUCCUUGACUCAAAGCUUUCCUCCUCCAUCAGCAAGAAAACAGGCCAUGACAAGGGCAGCAAUGCAAAUGAUUGUGCUGAUGUCAUGAAGGGUGACAAUGACAAUGAGCCUGACAACCACAGGAACAUGGAUGAUGAAGAUGACACUGAUGUUGGUGAGGGUCAGGAAGGUAAUGAUGCAGGCAUUGGCAAGGACAAUGAAGGGGACAAUGUGGGCAUUGGUGAUGACCAGGAAGGUGAUGAUUCAGGCAUCGAUGAUGACCAGGAGGUCAACAAUGCUGGGCAUUCAGACAAGUUGAGCAAUGCUUCCACUCUCAUAUUUAUAUUCUCAACACUUUGGUAUUUAAGUGUUGCAACUUCUCAUGAUGGUUCUGCUCUUGCAACAUCAUGUUAUCCUAUCAUCUCACCACUGCACAUUCAGACCAUGCAUCCAAGUAUUGCAAGUCUGGCCAAAACUCCAGCAUAUGUUGCAACACCUUCACACAUUGCAAUGCCCAGUUCCAUCAUGGGACUUCUGAGUGUUGCAAUGCCUGAGUGCACUCUUGUCCCUUCAUGGAACUUUGAUGGCCUACCCCUCAUUACCUCUAACCUGGCAACUGUCCAUGCUAUGAACCAUUUGAUGUCUCUUACUGGUAGUACUACCAAUCCAUCUCUGGACUAUUUCACAACAGCAGGGCAAUAUGAGCACUUGACACAAGACCUGCCUUUGUUACCUCCCACCCCAUCUGACAACAGCUCUCUGCCACCAGCCUCCAAGGCACUUGGGGACCCUCCACCAGGCUGUCCUAAAUGCAAACCAGUCCCAUCCUUGCAUGCCCAGGUGAAGAAGAAGUGGUCUGAACUCAAGGAUGGUGUGGCAAGGAAGUCAAAGAAAAGGAAGACAGUUCCUUAA